GUGCCUUUUCUUUUUGGGGUAACUGCUAUCGAGAAAGUUGCUGGUCAUGUUAUUCAUUGGAUAUUCCGAAGAACGGGCAGACACCUUUUUCUUACUGACAAUGAUGAAGGAAAGCCUCCAUUGCUUAAGCGCAUGUCGGCUUUGCGAUCUUUCCGGCGCAGGGUAGCAUAUUCGAAUGUUGGCUUUGACCAUAUUGUCGGUUGGAGGACAUCAUCAAUCAGACGCAACAGUGAACUGCCCAAGUGGGAGAAUUCUGUUCAUGAAAAAUAUCCCCACAUAGUGUUUGAAGAGCGGUGCAAGGCUUGUGACAAGGAACAAAACGAGUCUGUGAUCGAAGACAAUGCUCCGGAUGAUGAGCUGGAAGGUCCGUAA